CGGCCAAGAUUCGGUGGAACAAUGUCCGCUUAAAGAGAAACUGUGUUAUUAUUGUCGUCUAGAGCUGAGCAUUGCGGGGCAGUGUAUGGGAAAAAAAAUCUGUAUUGCGUAGUGCUGUAGAGUUUCAUUGGUUAGAGUCGCAGGGGCAGCGUUCUCUUUAUUCAUUGGAAACAAAACCGAGCGAGCGGGACUGGUCUUUGGUUGACUGUGUGGAGUGGACGAUUCAGAACGUCGCUACGGAUAAACGGACCCGACGAGAGGCGGUUUUCCCUUUGUUUCUUUUCUUUACGGCAGAGCGAAAGUGAAGAUGCCGUGGUUCCCUGUGAACGGGAUGAUGCUAAUGCUCUGGAUCUCCGGCCGCCUCGGAAGCAUCACCGCGGCGCUACCAGCAUCCCAAAAAUGCGAUGAGGCACUGGCCACCCCCCUUCCCCACAACGCCUUCACCGGCUCCUCUGUGUUCUCCAGCGGAUACAACCCCGGGUACGCCAAGCUGAACAGGAGAGGAGGUGCAGGGGGCUGGUCGCCUCUGGACAGUGACCAUUACCAGUGGCUGCAGGUAGAUCUGGGGAACAGGAAGCAGGUCACAGCCAUUGCAACGCAGGGCAGAUACAGCAGCUCUGAUUGGACGAAACAGUACAGGCUCCUCUACAGCGAAACAGGAAGGAACUGGAAACCAUACCAUCAAGAUGGCAACAUCUGGGCGUUUUUGGGGAACUCGAACACCGAGAGCGUGGUCCGGCAUGACCUCCAGCACGCCAUCGUGGCACGCUUCCUGCGCUUCGUUCCGCUGGAGUGGAGCGGAGAGGGCAGGAUCGGACUGCGCAUCGAAGUCUACGGCUGCCCUUACUGGGCAGAUGCCAUCAGUUUUGAUGGACAGGGUGUGAUCUCCUACCGCUUCAAGAUGAAGAAGAUGAAGAUCCUGAAGGACGUGAUUUCACUGAAGUUUAAAACGUCCGAGAGCGAUGGGGUCAUCCUGCAUGGAGAGGGCCAGCAGGGGGACUACAUCACCCUGGAGCUACGGCAAGCCAAACUGAUACUGCAGAUUAACCUGGGUAGCAAUCAAUACGGCUCGAUUCUCGGCCACACGUCAGUGACAAGCGGGAGCCUGCUGGACGAUCACCACUGGCACUCGGUCGUCAUCGAGCGCUACCGGCGCAACGUCAACUUCACCCUGGACAGACACACGCAGCACUUCCGCACCAACGGGGAGUUUGACCACCUCGACCUGGACUACGAGCUCAGCUUUGGGGGCAUGCCUUUCUCUGGGAAGCCCAGCUCGGGAAGCAGGCGGAACUUCAUUGGCUGCAUGGAGAGCAUCCAUUACAAUGGCGAGAACAUCACUGACCUGGUCAGAAGGAAGAAGCUGGACACCACAAGCUUCCGUAACCUGACCUUCUCCUGCAUGGAGCCCCACACGUUCCCCGUCUUCUUCAAUGCCACCAGCUACCUGCAGCUUCCCGGGCGGAGCGGCCACGAGGCAGUCUCUGUCAGCUUCCAGUUCCGCACCUGGAACCCGAGCGGCCUGCUCCUGUACAGCGCCCUGGCUGACGGGAUGGUGGAGGUGGCCCUGACCGACGGCAAGGUCAGCGUCCACAUCAACGUCACCCAGAAGAAGACCACGCGCAUAGACAUAUCGUCAGGCUCGGGCCUCAACGAUGGACAGUGGCACGAGGUUCGCUUCCACGCCAAGGAGAACUUUGCCAUGCUGACCAUCGACAGCGACGAGGCCUCGGCAGUGCGGACCAACACCCCCAUCCAGAUCAGGACAGGGGGAACUUACUACUUUGGAGGUUUCUUCCAGCGUGGCAGCUCCUUGCCCUCACAGCGCUCCUUUCAGGGCUGCAUGCAGCUGAUCCACGUGGAUGACCAACUGGCCGACCUGCCUGCCGUGGAGCAGGGCAUGCUGGGAGUCUUCGAGAACGUCAGCCUGGACAUGUGUGCCAUCAUAGACAGGUGUAUGCCUAACCACUGUGAGCACGGGGGCGGCUGCACGCAGACCUGGGACAGCUUCAGCUGCUCCUGUGAUGGGACGGGGUACACCGGAGCCACGUGCCACACCUCUGUCUACGAGCAGUCAUGUGAGGCGUACAAGCACCUGGGCCGGACCUCUGACACCUACUGGAUUGACCCGGACGGGAGCGGGCCCCUGGGGCCGUUCAGGGUCAUCUGCAACAUGACGGAGGACAAGGUGUGGACAACGGUGAUGCACAGCCUACCCCCCCAGACGGCGGUCAGCAAGCCCAACAGGGACAGCAGGGCGCUGGUGCAGCUGAACUACAGCGCCACCAUGGAGCAGGUGUCCGCCAUUACAGGCAGCGCCGAGCACUGCCAGCAGCAUGUGUCCUACGCCUGCCGCAUGUCCCGGCUGCUCAACACCCCAGAUGGGAGCCCGUACACGUGGUGGGUGGGUCGGGGCAGCGAGAAGUACCUCUACUGGGGCGGGUCAGGGCCAGGGAUCCAGAAGUGUGCCUGUGGCAUCGAGCGCAACUGCACCGACCCCAAGUACUACUGCAACUGCGACGCCGACCACAAGCAGUGGAGAGAAGAUUCUGGACUUCUUAUGUACAAGGAUCACCUACCUGUAAACCAGGUGUCUGUCGGGGACAUAAAUCGACCAGGCUCGGAGGCCAAGCUGACUGUUGGGCCACUGCGUUGCCAAGGAGACAGGAACUACUGGAAUGCCGCUUCCUUCAACACCCCCUCGUCCUACCUCCACUUCUCCACCUUCCAGGCGGAGACCAGCGCCGACAUCUCCUUCUUCUUCAAGACCUCUGCCCCCCACGGCGUCUUCCUGGAGAACCUGGGCAACAGCGACUUCAUUCGACUGGAGCUCAAAUCUCCCACUGUGGUGUCCUUCUCUUUCGACGUGGGCAACGGGCCGGUGGAGCUGACCGUGCGGUCCCCCUCAGAGCUGAACGAUGACCAGUGGCACCGGGUCAGCGCCGAGCGCAACGUGAAGGAGGCCAUCCUCCUCCUGGACCAGCAGUACAAGGAGGUGCGGCCAGCGCCCUCCCAGGGCCACACCCGCCUGGAACUCUACAGCCAGCUCUACGUUGGUGCAGCAGGAGGUCAGAGGGGAUUUCUGGGGUGCAUCCGCUCUCUGAGGAUGAAUGGCGUGACCCUGGACCUGGAGGAGAGGGCAAAGGUCACCCCCGGGGUGAAUCCAGGCUGCUCCGGGCACUGCACCAGCUAUGGAAUGUACUGCCGAAACGGGGGAAAAUGUGUGGAGAGGUACAACGGCUACUCCUGUGACUGCACCUCCACGGCGUUCGACGGGCCCUUCUGUACCAAGGACGUGGGCGGCUUCUUCGAGGCGGGCACACUCCUCCGCUACAGCUUCCUACCCGAGGGCACGGCAGCAGCGUCGGCCACGAAGGACGCCAAGGGCCUGUCCCAGAGCCUGGGCACAGAAUCCAACCUGACCCGCGAGGACGUCUCCUUCAGCUUCAGCACCACUAGCGCCCCCAGCAUCCUGCUCUACAUCAGCUCCCGCACCCAGGACUACCUGGCCGUGGUGCUACGCCAAAACGGAACUCUGCAGAUCCGCUACAACCUGGGUGGGCUGAAGGAGCCCUUCACUAUCAGCCUGGAUCAGCGCAAUAUGGCCAAUGGCCAGCCCCACAGCGUCAACAUCUCCCGCGUAGAGAGGAAUAUCCAGCUGCAGCUGGAUCACUAUCCUCCAGUCAGCUACUCCCUUCCUGAAGCCUCAGACACCACCUUCAACCUCAUCAAGACUCUAUUCCUGGGAAAAGUCUACGAAACGGGCCAGAUCGACCCCGUCUUGAUUGAGAGGUACAACACGCCGGGCUUCGUGGGGUGCCUUUCGCGCGUCCAGUUCAACGGCAUCGCCCCGCUGAAGGCUGCGCUGAGGUCACGCGUGGCCGCGCCCGUCUCCGUCCAGGGCAAGCUGGUGGAAUCCAACUGCGGGGCUUCCCCCCUCACCAUCCCGCCCAUGUCCGCCGCCACCGACCCCUGGCACCUGGACAAAGCAGGUGCUGAGUUCCCGUUCAAUGAGGAGAGAGUGGUGCCCGACGGGGUUAACCGCAACUCCGCAAUAAUUGGAGGCAUCAUCGCCGUGGUGAUCUUCACCAUCCUCUGCACACUGGUGGUCCUGAUCCGCCACAUGUUCCGCCACAAGGGCACCUACCACACCAACGAGGCCAAGGGGGCGGAGUCGGCCGACAACGCCGACGCCGCCAUCAUCGUCAACGACCCCAACUUCACCGAGACCAUCGAUGAGAGCAAAAAGGAGUGGUUCAUUUAACCGGACAAUUUUAGGAAGAGAGAGAGGGGUGGGGAAGGGUCGGGGAGAGGGUGGGGCGUAAAAACACCCCCAAACCACCCACCCAGUUUUCCAAGAUCAGGGCAAGCAGGAAGUGGGGAACAGGACGACGCCUCUUUGGAGGAAGCCGUGUACAGUGAUUGGCUUGUCUCUAAUGUAUUUAUGCCGUGUUCCAAGUUUGAGGAGCCCUGUCAGUAUUUAGUCACCAGUUCACCUGCAAGCACUACCACCUAGCUUCCAUUUGCUUUAAAAAGACAACAAGACAUAACACCGGCUCACCCAGUCUGCAGAAAUUCAGAUGUUCGUUUCCUGCAGUUUCAUUUCAUCAAUUUCAGGGAUUCCAUUCGUGCAUUUCAGUGACCAGCUUCCACUCCUUUUCUUCCCUCAGCAAACAAAUUUCAAAGAAAAAAAAA